UUAUGGCUGAACUUCCGACAGCAGUAACUGACAACACACCACGCACAUUUUAUGCCCUUUAUACUUAUCAUACCAACAGGCUCAAUUCUGUCACAGAACGACAAAGCAAUUCAGUUUCAGAUUUUCUACAGAAAGAGGCAAAAGUAAAUGAGGAUUUCAGCUUAUCAGUCAUAUCAUGUAGCCUGGACACAGAGAAGGAAACUGAUUUAAGAAAAUUCAUAGCUAAGAAGCUUGCACGUGGCACAGUGUACAGUGGUAGCGGAAAUGUUACUGCAGUAGAUUUUCCGUUGAUAGAAGAUAGCAGUACCCCACUUGAGUGCUAUUAUUGCCUGAUACGCCAAGGAGUCGAUUUGGAGACAGUUGACCAAACACCCCCAGAGGAGGGAUUCUAUUGUAGAGAAUGUGUGGUUUGCUUUAUAUCUCCUGCUGAUGGAAGCUUGGAUUUAUUCAGACCAGAGUUGGACAAGUUCAGUGAUUCUCUUUUACCAUUGCUUGAAGAGCAGCAUCGUCUGGAAUUUGAAAAUAAGAUUGACAAGCUGACAGAUGUAAACCAGCAAUUGUCAAAAUACUUAGAGACUUGGCAAGAUACUGCGAUAAACUAUGUGUGCAGAUGUGUACAAUGUUUGGGACAAGAUAUUCAAUAUUUAAUCUAUGCAGCACUUAUGAAUAAUGUAGUGGAAUUUCAGGGAGACCAGGAACCACUCAAAACAGACCUGAAAAAGUUUAUUGAAAGCUGCAGCCUCUCUGAUCUUCUCAGUAGCUCCGGUGGAGAUGGCAAAGGUUCCGACUCUGGUUCUAACCAGUCUGCAGUAUUGGUUGAUAUCAUCCCAGGAGGACAGUGGCUCCCCCAGGUGCUCACUGUCACUGUACAGAAUGAUGCUUGUGAAAUACAGACCAAAACCAGUACAAAAUUUUGUGAAGAAUGGGCAAAGACCCUGACUAAUGGAGAGCAGAAAAGUGCUGUUUUUCUUAAACAUGUGAUGGAUAGCUUUAAACUUAAGGCUAUCCAAGACAUGAAUUCAUUGAAGAGGUUAAUUCAGCAGGCUGAAAAUGAUCACUAUGCCCUGUAUAGAGCCUAUGUGUUCUUAAAGAACUGUGGCAAUGGCAGGAUCCUCCUGCACCAUGCCAGUGUUGAGGACCACACCGUCACCUCUCCAGAGACCAGGGAUGUCCUGGUUGCACUGCAGGAAUUUAUCAAUGAAUCUGGAGGACUGGAACUGCUACAGACUUGAAACAGUGCACUGAACUGUUCUUUGGUCAAAUGUUUGGAAUAUUUGAUUCCAACAUAUUUUUCAAGUCGCAAUAAUUGAUCUUAGGGUGUUCUUAAGUUCAUCUAUUUGAUUUGAAAACAGCAGAAUUUGUUAAAUGUGAAAUUGUAAACAAGGGAGAGGAACACAUUUCUUUUUUAAAAAAAUUGGGCAGCUUGGGUUGCCAAUUCUUGACAUUCCUCGAGUAAGGAUCAGUAACAAUAACAUUCCAUCUACUUUGACUUUGUUUAAAGAUAAGAAAAAAAACACCAGUUUUGUCACAGAUGUGUUGGUAAAUGAACAUUCUUCAUUUAAAUUUUACUAUUUAUUUAAAAAUUCCCCAGUUGCUGAACGCAGGCAAUGCUGAAGUUUCAGAAGUUCAAGGAAUGCAUUUUCAUUCCUUUUGGUACUAGUCAGUAGUGGUUUUCAAGUUUUGAUUUCAAAUAAUUAAAAACCUUAUGCAUUUGUGUCAGUAUGCUUGGUGCUUAUGGGAUAUAUUGUGAUUUUUUUUUUUUGGACACUGGUCAACGUUUAGUUUCAAGCAGCCAAACUCGUUCACACAACUUGAUACUUAUUCAGGUGAAAUUUUGUUCAGUGCUGUAAUUACUGUUGUGCUAUAUAAUAUCCAAUUAUUUUUGAAGUCGGAUCAAUUCUAGUUAUGGCUGCCUGCAGUAUAAGUAUAGAUGGACAAUACAGUUAUCAACAUUUCAUCCAUUAAUGUGUGAAAAGUACUGCAUAACUUACAAAGCUAAUUUCAGAUUUAAAUAAAAAUAAUAUGCAAUUUCAAUUGCUAGAAUUGAAAGAAAAAAUUACCAAAGCACUUAGUGCAUGGGUGUCCAUUAAUAUCAAGAAAUGUGAAUGGAUUUAGUUAAAAACUUUAUUAGCCAUUUGUUCACAUCACUAAAAACAAUUUGAUAUCAUAAUUCAUUAAGAUGUGCAUGUCAGUAAAUGUUUUUGUCAUCUGUUUCUAAUGAAAUGAACAAAUUUACCAAUUAAGUUGUACAGCUACAUUCAAAAGCAAUGAAAAAAUGGAAGGCACAUAUGCAAUAUAUCACAAAAUAAAAUUCUAGAUACCCCAUUA